AGGGCGGCCUUCCCAGUCCGGAGGCCCCUCCCUGCUCCUCCUGGGGCUGCCAGGCCGGUCGGACGGGGCGAAGGGCGUCUCCUGCGACAGGUGAGCCUGCGCGCCUUCUUCUUCUUCCUCCUCUUCCUCCGGGGCCCAUGGCGGAGGAGGCCUCGGGGACUGCCGGGGGAUCGGCCUCCGGUCCCUGCUGCCAGGCCCACGGGCUGCCCCUCGACCGCUUCUGCUGCCAGGAGAGGCGCCCGGUGUGCGGAGGCUGCCAGGGUCCGGCCUCGGCGUCGGAGGGGGGCUGCUGCGGCUGCCGGGACCACCGGCUGCGACCCCUUGGCCCAGGAGGCCCGGCGGAGGAGGGACCAACUUGUGGACCGGUGUGAGAAGCUGCAGCUGCAAAGUGCCAUCAUUGGCCGGUUCCUGGCGGAGUCCCUGCCCCAGAAGUCCCAGCGCCUGGUGAGCGAGGCCAGCUGUGCACGGGAGGCCCUGAUCCAGCGCCUGAACCUGGUGAGGAGCGCCUGUGAGAGCGAGGAACAGCGGCUGCUGGAGGCAGCCCACUCCGAGGAGGAGCGAGCCCAGCAGAGCAUCCUCACCCAGCAGGCCCACUGGACCCAGGCCUUGCAGAGGCUGGAGGCCCUCCGGACCUACCUGGUGGCCGCCGUCACCUCCACCGAUGACUGGGGCCUCCUGCAGGCGGAGGAGGAAAUCUUUGAGCGAAUGGAGGAAGCCGAGGGGAUCCUGGAGCCCCGGGAAUCAGAGAAGCUGAACUUCAAUCCACGCUGCGUUCAGAGUCUGCUGGUCAACCGCCUGUGGGCCGCAGCAGCUCUUCUCUCCAGGGCUUCAGCCACAGAUGACAUCCACUUUGACAAAAAGACAGCCAGCCACCUUUUGGUGCUCUCAGAGGACAAGAAGACGCUGACCUUCAGCCCCAAGAAAGCCAGGACUGAGCUGGACGGACUGGCCCGCUUUGACCACUGGCCCAACGCUUUGGCAGAAGAGUCCUUCUGCAAGGGGCUGCAUGUCUGGAGGGUCCGAGUGAGCAAGAGUGGUGCAUACAAGCUGGGAGUGGCAUAUGGCUCACUGCAGCGCAAGGGGUCGGGCCCCCAGUCCCGCCUGGGCCACAACCCAGACUCCUGGGUCUUCUCCCGCUACGAUAAAGAGUUCCAGUUUUCACACAACAACUCCCAUGAGGCAGUUGAACUGCUCAGGUGCCCGGUAGAAAUCGGGGUGCUGGUGGACAUGGAUGCUGGGGAACUGCUCUUCUUUGACCCAGAAUCAUGUGCCCUUCUCUAUGCCCACCACCAGGCUUUCACCAGCCCCCUGUACCCUGCUGUGGCUGUGGCUGACCAGAGUGUUUCUCUGGUAUGAAGUGAGCAGAGUCCAGCUGGAAUUGUAGUGCAAGGCCCCCAGACUUGAGCCAAUUUUGACCUUUUAGGAAAGUUGAGAGGUUGCCUGAACCAGCUGGGGGAGGAGCAGAUUGGGCACUUGGCAGGAGGAUGUGCGUGCCCCUGCCCCUUCCGGUACAGAGAGAGCUCACAAGGGGCUCUGCCUGGGUGGCAUCACGGUGGUCAGUAAGAGAUGCUUGCCUGGCUCCCUUUGUGGCACCACAGUGCCAAACCCGGGGCUCCACCUGCCAUCCUAGGGUGGGGGGGGGCAGAAGGGUGAUAGCCCCUCAUGGAAGAAAUUCAAGUCACAGGAUAGCCAGAUGGCUCUGCAAGUAUUGCACAGGUGCAGAUAUUUGGCCUCUGUUUUGUCCUUAUUUAAUUGGGGAUCAGGGACGUAGCCAGGAUUUUGGGAAAGGGAGGGGGGUCCAGGCUAAGUGCCACCAUUAUAAUGGGACUUGGACGUGGAGGCGCAGCAGCACAUACCAUUCGUUGUAUCUAAUGGAAAGGGGGGGGUUCGGACCCCAUGAAUCCCUUCCCCUUGGCUACGUCCCUGCGGGGGUUCUUUCUGUUUCAUGUAAUUUAUGAUACUUAAUUUCCCCUGUCAUCAUUACAAUUAUGGAAAUAAAGAUGGAUGAAGAAAAAGGUG